CCGGUGCUCCCGCUGCAGGAGGCGCAGGCUGUUGCUGUGGUUGCCUGAGUUGCUGCUGCUGCGGCGGCGGCGCUGGUGGAGGUGUCGGCUCUUGGGCGGAUGUUGACAUUGUGUUGUUGUUAUUGUUGACGGUAAUGGCGGCGACGACGGCCGGGACCCCAUCUCCUCUGUAGCCGACGCCGAGACAGCCUAGAGUGAACUCCGCGGCCUCGGAGCCCGCGGCAGCGACUCCCCUCAGCCUCCGCCGCCUUGCCAGCCCGUAUCCCGGUCUCAGCCCCUGGACAGGCCCCUUCGGGCAGGGGGCCUCGGAGGCUCAGGAUGGCGGAUUUUGACGAGAUCUAUGAGGAGGAGGAGGACGAGGAGCGGGCCUUGGAGGAGCAGCUGCUCAAGUACUCGCCGGACCCGGUGGUGGUCCGCGGCUCCGGUCACGUCACCGUAUUUGGACUGAGCAACAAAUUUGAAUCAGAAUUCCCUUCUUCAUUAACUGGAAAAGUAGCUCCUGAAGAAUUUAAAGCCAGCAUCAACAGAGUUAACAGUUGUCUUAAGAAGAACCUUCCUGUUAAUGUACGUUGGCUACUUUGUGGCUGCCUUUGUUGCUGCUGCACACUAGGUUGCAGUAUGUGGCCAGUUAUUUGCCUCAGUAAAAGAACACGAAGAUCGAUUGAGAAGUUAUUAGAAUGGGAAAACAAUAGGUUAUACCACAAGCUGUGCUUGCACUGGAGACUGAGCAAAAGGAAAUGUGAAACGAAUAACAUGAUGGAAUAUGUCAUCCUCAUAGAAUUUUUACCAAAGACACCGAUUUUUCGACCAGAUUAGCAUUUACUUUAUUUAUAGAGACUUUCCAAGUAUGUUGUCUUUCCAAUGGUGCCUUGCUUGGUGCUCUCCUGGUGGUGACAUAACAUUGGUUCUACAGAAUCGUGUGGUGUUUUUUCCGUUUUUGUUUUUUUAAAUAGCCGCAUGUUCUAAGUGUGCAUUUUUGUCAGACUUUGCAACAGUUAUUUCAUACAGAUGUUUAAUACUUAAGUUAUUGUGCUCUUUUAUGUUAUGUAUUCUGAUUUUCAAGGAUUACUUUUUUGUAUUAUCAAAAAAAUACAUUUGAACUUAGCAUAAAAAGUGGCCAGCCUUUUUUAUUUUACCACCAAGGUACACACGGUCCUUUAUUUAUUAAUUCCUUAAUAUAGAAAAAGACCUUUGUAAGACUCUACUUAUCUGUUCUAGCAAGCACCCUCUUUGUAUUAUUUUUCUUGCUUUUUAAAUUUAUUGUCAUUAUUUUAAAAUAGUAAAUUUUCUUUCAUAGCUUUUUGAACCCUAACGUAUUUUCUCAUACAAUUCCUAAUGCUCUGUUUACAGCAGAAAUAUCUGUAACAUUAUGAAGACAUAUCAAAAAGUUUUGAAGGUAUUUCUGUCUUCAAAAGUAGUAAGGCAGGAUUAAAUUAUUUUCAUUAGAAUAGACAAAUCCCUGAAUGGUAUGCAUGCAUCUAAUGGUUACUAGAGCUCAGGAUCACAAAAUAUAGUAGCAUUACAAUCUGUAUAUUUUUGAUCAAGAUGAUAUUAAUAAUGGCCUUAUUUGGGUUAUUUUUUAUUGUUUAUCAAAUCUUGUAUACAAAAGUAUAGAAAUAUUCCUUUAAAAAAUUUCUAAGGAAAAUAUUUGUCCCAGUCUAACACAAUUGUAGAAUGGAUAUGUAUUUCUGAAAAGUUUUUGAAAGAAAGCAAAAGUUGUAGAAUUAAAGUAAGCUGGUGUUUAAUACCCCAUUAAUAUUUAAAACAGAUUAUUACUAAGAAAUGAAGGGCAUAUUUAGUACUGUUUUAGUCCACUAGUUUGCUUUCAGUCCAGUUAUGUAUACUUUUUUGAUUGAGAGUGUGACAUACAAGUUUGAGUCAGAUCACUUUGUUUCUUUCAAAUAUGUACAGACAUACAUUUUUUUCUCCUUUUGGUUGUACAUAUCUCCAUGCAUUUUAAAACUUUCUAAAUUUCUGAAUGGCCUAUGUAUAAAUUUUUGUUUUUAUAAACCUGAAAUUAUACAAAUUUUGUGUGUGUCAAGAACUUGUUCCGUACAACUGUGGUAUCGAGCAAUAAUGUGAAUAACUUUUGAAAUUAUAUAAACUAUGCUUAAUUUGUAUUAAGAAUUGGUACCACUAUAUAAUACUUUUU